UGUCUGCGUACAUGAAGAAACCAACACACAUUUGGAGAAACAUGAUUGUGAAAUGCCUCCUCCACCCGUACCCAUCAAGACAAGCUGUCAGCUCUCACCCUGUCCCCCCAGGUGGGAUGCAGGGUUGUUUGGGCCUUGUAGUGCCUCCUGUGGUGGAGGAGAGAGAGUGCAUCCUGUAAGAUGUGUUCAGGAACAUGGAACCAAUGUGGUAGAGGUCCAAGAUGCUGAAUGCCAUCCUCAAACAGCUCCAAAUGCUGUAGAAAAAUGUAACCUGCAACACUGUCCUGCCAGAUGGCGUGUGUCAGAACCAGGGGAGUGUUCAGUUGUGUGCGGGCCAGGAGAAACAGAGCGUGUUGUGUCAUGUGUCCGGUCAGAACAUGGUCAGGAAGUGGAAGUGGAUCAAAGCUUUUGUUCUCUGCAGAUAAAACCACCUGACACUGUGCCCUGUGUGGUAGAUGUCUGUCCCAUUGGGUGGGAAUCAAAGGGAGAGACGCCCAUACUGAAGUCUGGUGUGCUGCCACGCUCCAGACAGGCUCCGGUCUAUGUCUGGAGUCCUGUUAUCAGCCAGUGCUCAAAGACCUGUGGGAAUGGAACCCUGCAGGUGUGGUUCUCCUGUGUGGACCACCAGACCAGACUGGGGGUAACGGACGUCCACUGUGAUCCUACUACAAAACCUCCUCCUCAGUAUGAGACCUGCAACACAUCUCCCUGCCCCCGCAUGUGGCACUCUAAGCAAGGAGUCUGCAGUGUAACGUGUGGAGGAGGGGUGGCCAACAGGGUGCUGUACUGUGCAGGAGAAAGAGACGGGGAGGAGGAGGUGGUGGAGGAUUCAGAGUGCAGUGACUUUCCCAAACCCACAGCAGUAGUUUCAUGUAACAACCACAGCUGCCCAGCCAGGUGGAGGGUGUUCAGUGCAGCACCCUGCUCUGCAUCCUGCGAUUUGGGUUUAGCUCAGAGGACUGUGUCCUGUGUGCAGUUUGUCCAUGGCAGGGAGAGUGUGGUGCCGGAGGAGAGCUGCCAUGCAGCCAUCAAACCGGCCACCACAGUGCCCUGCCUGGUGAGGGUCUGCACCUUCAGAUGGGAGGUGAAACCUUGGAGCCAGUGCUCGGUACCAUGUGGGUACGGGAUCCAGUCCAGAGCCGUGUCCUGCAUGGGCCCCUCUCAUCCGGAACCCCUCAGCCCUCAGUUCUGUAUGCACAUGCCCAAACCCAUCACCAUACAGGGCUGCUACAUGGGCGGCUGCGGAGACGCGGCACCAACCUCAGAUGUCAUAACUGCAGUCACACCACAGCAACAACUGGACCAUCCUUCUCCGAGUCCAACAGAGCCAAUCACCAUCCUACAGGCCACUGCAGCGACCAUCCCAACACCUAAACCCAGGGCAUGUGGACAGCUUCUCCUGGAAGAAUCUGGCAUUGUGGAUUUGAAAGACAUGACAGGCCGCUGCACGGUAUCCAUUGGUCGACCCCUAGAUGAGGUCAUCUAUAUUAAAAUGCAAUCUGGCUCCUUGAACUGCAGCGAAAAGGAGUUUGUUGUAUUUUUUGACCGACUGGCAUUGGUGAAGAAGUGCGAGCAGGUAGCAGGCAGUGAACUCACCACCAGAACCAACGUCCUGCUGGUGCGUCAGAAUCUGCUCAUCUCUGGGAACGGGGUUGUGUUCACCUAUAAUUCACAGAAAAACAUCAAGAAGAGCCAUCAUCAGGAUUGUGACAUUCAGCUGUUUUCCCCAACUGGCGUCUUUGAGAAUCCAACAACGGCAAACGCUAACCACACCUGCAGAGUCCUCAUCAAUGCCCCUCCCUCAGUAAAGAUCAAAAUCCAAGCGCUUCACAUAGGGUUAAUGUUUAACUCCACCAACUCCCAAUCUACAUACAUCAUGAUCCGGGACAUGAAUGUCUUAAAGACCAAUGUGUUUAAAGGCCAACAACUGUUUCAGUGGCACUCCUCUGGAAACAUGGCUGAGAUUGAAUUUCAUGGAGACUACCUGAAUGCCAAAGGGAGUUUCAGAGCUGAAUAUUCCUUUAUGCGUCUCAGACACUAAAUAUGAACAAUUGUGAGGAGGUUUGAAAUUCCUUUAUAACAUUUCUUUAGAAUUCUUUAUUUACAAUAAACACGUUUUUGUAACAGCAAAUUACUUCUGCUGUACUUCUGUUGUGUGACCAAAAAUA